UUCUAUUUCAUUACAACUCUAGACAUUCAAUCAACUACAUUAAAAUAGUAUUUUCAAAAAAAAAAAAUGACUGAUAAAAUUGAAAUUGUUUAUUAUGAGUUCGUCAAAAGUUUACCUAACCAUCCAGAGAUGUUGUUAAUAGAUGUUCGCGAACCUCUUGAAAUACAACAGACUGGUAGAAUACCAACAAGCAUAAAUAUUCCAUUGUCUAAUGUUAAAUCGGCAUUGGGCGAUGACACGACACCCGAGGAGUUUAAAUCGAAAUACGGCAGAGAUAAACCUUUGGAAAAUACAACUGUAAUUUUCUACUGCCGCUCGGGACGACGAUCGCAGCAGGCAGCAGAGUUUGCAGUGGCAUUGGGUUAUACAAAUGUGAAAAAUUACAAGGGAUCCUGGAUUGAUUGGGCGGAACAUGAAGGUUUACCCAAAUGAUAACGAUCAAUGUAUGUAGAUUUAAUGUGUUUGAGUAAAUUGUUUUUUACUUUUAAACAAAUAACUAAUAAAUAGUCAGUUCGUAACGGUUGUAGAAAACGUUAA